AUGUCUUCCUGCGCUGGUCGGCUCGACCAGGCGACCGGUUGCCGUGAUCCCGGCCUCUUCGAGCCCCCUCUCCGUAAUCCGAGUCCCGGUCAAUGUGUGGGUCAGUCGCAUCUGCCACAGGCGUCGGCAACAAGGCGCAGCAAGCCAGCACGAUCACGUUCCCCCGACGACGCUUGGCCGCCGGGCACAGCAGCCGGUCUCGCCUGUCAGCCAAGCGGUCACGGUCCGCUGCACCGGCAAACAAUGGCUGUACAGAGGAAGGAUGCCCAAUUUCCACGAGGCAGGCAUCGUCUUCGCGGCACGUCCAGAGGCGGGAUGCCUCCGCAAGGCUCGACCGACAAAAGCGCUCCGAUUGACAAUCGUUCCGCAGAAGGCGAUGAGGAGGCCAGUGAAAGUGAGCCUGUCGUGGCUCCAGGCGCCGGCGGGACUCGAGCCUCGGCCAGCGAAGUGGCCAGUUCGCCCUACCAAGGAUCCGUUCCGCUCAUCCACGUCAAGCCUCAAUCGCUGGACGUCCGGGGCACCGGCGAAGGAGGCCACCACCUUCAGCAGAAGGCCAGACAUCCGGCCGUCGGUCAUCAGCGGAAACCGAGCAAGCCCCCGGCUAGACUUGUCCAGACCUUGGAGGGAAGAAGCAUCGCCCAUGACCACAGCCUGGGCCCGAUGCGCGGCUUGGUCGUCCCUCUCCGCCAGCCUGGACAACUGGGCCCCUGGGGCAUAGCCAAGAGGACGGCUCAAAGGCCUCUCCAUCAGCCGCAGCAACCACACAAAGUGGUACAGCCAGGGCUGAAUCCUCUUCAGGCCCAGUCUCGUUCUGACAUGCCAGUCCCGCCGGCUGCAGCUUCGCGGUUGGUGAUGGUGCUACGAGCACUUCCCCAUUCCAAUGGGUGGGCGAUCGCAAAGGUACGCUUUUAUUCACAAAUAUUCCUAGUGUAUGUGCAUAGAGAAAAAAAUUUCGAUACUCCUCGGCGUCUCACCAAAAUGUAG